AUGGAUAGCACACGGACUCAUGUGUUAUAUCCUCGCCAGUCGCAAGGCAGCAAUCGUGAUGGCGGCUCGAAUUCUCUUUCUGGCAUCAUCUCAACCUUGGUUCCAACUCUCAUCAUCGCAGCAGUCGCUUUCACCUUGUUUCUGAUUCUACGAGCUCGCCAAGCACGUGUUUAUCGACCAAGAUCCGAUGAGCGCCUCCUGAUCCAAGAGAGAAGAACUCCUCGCACGGGAGCAGGCUUUUUCGGAAUCCUGACAAAUCGCACUGCUCUUCCCGAUUCCUACGUGUUACAGCACAACUCCCUCGAUGGCUAUCUCUGGCUACGCUUCUUCAAAGUCCUCAUCGUGAUCAGCUUUGUCGGCUGCUGUGUCACAUGGCCCGUGCUCUUCCCCGUCAACAUCACGGGUGGUGGAAAUCAAGAGCAGUUGGACAAACUCAGCAUGAGCAAUAUCGCCAAUCCAAUCAGAUAUUACGCUCAUGCCUUCAUGGCUUGGGUUUUCCUUGGUUUUGUUGUUCUGUUGAUUGCCCGUGAACGUAUCAAUUUCAUUGGCUUGCGUCGGGCAUAUUUCCUGUCGGCUGCCCAUGCACAGAGACUUUCGUCCCGAACCUUGCUUAUCAUGGGCCUGCCUUUGGAGUUCACCGAGGAGAAAGCACUCCGACAAAUGUUUGGAGCCAGUGUACGAAAGGUGUGGAUUCCAACAGAUUGCAAGCAGCUCGAGAAGGACGUCAAAUUGCAAACAAAGACUGCGUUGAAACUUGAAGGUGCCGAGAUGAAGAUGAUCAAACAGGCCAAUGCUGCUCGUAUCAAGCAGGAAAAGAAGCAGAAGAACGACGCCCCAGCAGCAAACAAUGAUCCCAACCACUGGAUUGAUGCCAAGAAACGACCAUCCCACCGUCUUAUGCCCCAACUCUGGAAAAAGGUCGAUACUCUCAAUUGGUGCCGAGGCACCCUUUCGGAAUUGGACCGACACGUCGGUGAACAACAAACCGAGCAUUUGGAUCUGAAGCAUGCCAAGUUGACAGCAGCGUUUAUUGAGUUUUCUUCUCAAUCUGCCGCACAUCAUGCUUAUCAGACUGUCGGUCGAGAGUCCAGAACCAAGUUUGAUCCACGCUACAUCGGUGUUCAACCCGAAGAAGUUGUCUGGAAGAACCUGAGCGUCACCAAAGCCUCUCGAAAGGUCAAGAUCUUGCUUGCCACAAUCAUUAUCUGGUUGAUGAUCUUGUUCUGGACCAUUCCUGUCGCCUUUGUCGGUAUUCUGUCAAACAUCAAUUACCUCACAAACAAGGUGCCAUUCCUUGGCUUCAUCAACUCUAUCCCCUCGGUCAUUCUUGGUGUCGUUACUGGUCUUUUACCUGUGGUCUUGCUUGCCGUCUUGAUGGCAUUGGUUCCCAUUUUCUGCCGGCUCCUCGCCAAGUUCGCGGGUGAGCCUACUCUCUCCGCGGUAGAGCUGAAGACCCAGUCAUGGUACUUCUCCUUCCAGGUCGUCCAGGUUUUCCUAAUCACGACAUUCAGUUCAGGUGCCUCCGCUGUGGCCUCACAAAUUGUGCAGAACCCAGGCUCUGCUCCUACUCUUCUGGCUGAGAAUCUGCCAAAAGCCUCCAACUUCUACAUCAGCUAUUUCAUCCUCUUCGGUCUUAUGCAGGCAGGGCUUCAACUUCUCAACAUUGUUCCCCUGCUGAUGCUUAGCUGGUUGGGUCCCAAGUUCUUGGACAAGACACCCCGCAAGCGAUUCAAUCGCUUUGUGAAACUUGCUGGCAUCGGCUGGGGGUCGACUUAUCCCAAGUUCACGAACUUGGGGGUUAUUGCAAUCUCCUAUUCGUGCAUUUCGCCUCUUAUUCUCGGAUUCUCCACGAUUGGGUUCUGCCUGCUCUACAUCAUGUUCAGAUACAACUGGUUGUUUGUAUUCGGAAAUGACAUCGACAUGAAGGGUGAAUCUUACACUCGCGGGUUAAAACAACUCUUGGUCGGUGUGUACUUGUCGUCAAUCUGUUUGAUUGGACUGUUCGGCAUUGGCAUCAGCAAGAGCAGAGCUAGCAUUGGCCCAUUGAUCGUCAUGGUGGUCUUCCUUGUGGCAGUCAUCAUCUUCCAGAUUCUUCUCGACCGAGCCCUUGCGCCACUCGAACAACACAUUCCUAUGGAUCUGCUAAGUGAAAACAAAUUCAGCAACAUGUUGAUAGAUCAGAACUUGGACGAUGAGAACCAAAUGAAACAAGAGCAACCAACCGGCGAGCCAUCAAGCAGGGAGCAUUCAGCUACCACCGUACCUGAGAAGAUUCAUGUUGAUGGCAAGGCUCCUCAACCCAAGACCAAGCCAUUCAACGCUCUCAGCCGUCGUCUGGAACCAUUGGUGCAGAAAUACUACGAGUCCAAUAAGUCUAUUGUGCCACAAGCUGAUGCUGAGAUGCCGAUGCCAGCCUACACCUCGGAAGAGUAUGAGCAAGCCUACCUGAACCCUGCCAUCACAUCUCCUAGACCUAUCAUCUGGUUAGCACAGGACAAAUGUGGAGUUAGCAAGCUAUUAGUUCACGACAACAAGGAAGCUGGACUACUGAGCACUGAUGAGCACGCCGAGUUUGACGAGAAGAACAAGUUGGUCUGGAACGAAGAGACACUGGCACAGGCACCUAUCUGGGAGAGAGUGGUGAGGUAUUGA